ACAGACCACCUCACCAACCACCACACCAGGCCAAAGUGCAUCACAGACCACCUCAGCGACCGCCACACCAGGCCAAAGCGCAGCACUGACCAGCAGCCCCAUCCUUCUGGCUCCAACAGUCAAACCUCCAUCUCCUGGGGAAGGAGCCCUGGGUCUUCAGUUCAGUCUCAACCAGAUAUUCACUCCAGAUCUCUCUGACCAGACAUCAUUAGGGUUCAAGAAACUGGCUGCCUCAGUAACAUCAGAGGUGAACAACGUUUACAGAAGGAAAUUUGCAUCAUUCCUUCGUUCUCUUGUCAAGUCAUUCAGGAGUGGAUCUGUAGUGACUGAAAUGACUCUGGUUUUUGCCAACCAAACAUUGGUUCCCAGCACAGACGUGGCACUGGCAGCUUUUAGCAACAGUACCACCAAUCUGACUAUUGUACCAGGCAGCAUCAAUGUUGCACCUGACAACACAACUGCUGCUCCAAAUGCCAGUUCAACUGCUGCUCCACAUGCCACUUCAAAUGCUGCUCUAAAUGUUAGUUCAACUGCUGCUCCAAAUGUUAGUUCAACUGCUGCUCCACAUGCCAAUUCAACUGCUGCUCCAAAUGCCAAUUCAACCACUGCUCCUGCACCAAGUGACCCUCCAUCUCCCAGCGAAGGAUCUCUGAGUCUUCAGUUCAGUCUAAACCAGAACUUCACAUCAGAUCUCGCUGACCAGAAUUCUCAAGGGUUCAAAACUCUGGCUACAAAAGUGGUUUCAGAGGUGAACAACGUUUACAGAAGGAAAUUUGCAUCAUUCCUUCGUUCUCUUGUCAAGUCAUUCAGGAGUGGAUCUGUAGUGACUGACAUGACUCUGGUUUUUGCCAACCAAACAUUGGUUCCCAGCACAGACGUGGCACUGGCAGCUUUUAGCAACAGUACCACCAAUCUGACUAUUGUACCAGGCAGCAUCAAUGUUGCACCUGACAACACAACUGCUGCUCCAAAUGCCAGUUCAACUGCUGCUCCACAUGCCACUUCAAAUGCUGCUCCAAAUGUUAGUUCAACUGCUGCUCCAAAUGUUAGUUCAACUGCUGCUCCAAAUGCCAAUUCAACUGCUGCUCCAAAUGCCACUUCAAAUGCUGCUCCAAAUGCCACUUCAACUGCUGCUCCACAUGCCACUUCAAAUGCUGCUCCAAAUGCUAGUUCAACUGUUGCUCCAAAUGCCACUUCAACUGCUGCUCCAAAUGCCACUUUAACACCAGCGGUCACCACCACCACUGCUCUUGCACCAAGUGACCCUCCAUCUCCCAGUGAAGGAUCUCUGAGUCUUCAGUUCAGUCUAAACCAGAACUUCACAUCAGAUCUCGCUGACCAGAAUUCUCAAGGGUUCAAAACUCUGGCUACAAAAGUGGUUUCAGAGGUGAACAACGUUUACAGAAGGAAAUUUGCAUCAUUCCUUCGUUCUCUUGUCAAGUCAUUCAGGAGUGGAUCUGUAGUGACUGACAUGACUCUGGUUUUUGCCAACCAAACAUUGGUUCCCAGCACAGACGUGGCACUGGCAGCUUUUAGCAACAGUACCACCAAUCUGACUAUUGUACCAGGCAGCAUCAAUGUUGCACCUGACAACACAACUGCUGCUCCAAAUGCCAGUUCAACUGCUGCUCCACAUGCCACUUCAAAUGCUGCUCCAAAUGUUAGUUCAACUGCUGCUCCAAAUGUUAGUUCAACUGCUGCUCCAAAUGCCAAUUCAACUGCUGCUCCAAAUGCCACUUCAAAUGCUGCUCCAAAUGCCACUUCAACUGCUGCUCCACAUGCCACUUCAAAUGCUGCUCCAAAUGCUAGUUCAACUGUUGCUCCAAAUGCCACUUCAACUGCUGCUCCAAAUGCCACUUUAACACCAGCGGUCACCACCACCACUGCUCUUGCACCAAGUGACCCUCCAUCUCCCAGUGAAGGAUCUCUGAGUCUUCAGUUCAGUCUAAACCAGAACUUCACAUCAGAUCUCGCUGACCAGAAUUCUCAAGGGUUCAAAACUCUGGCUACAAAAGUGGUUUCAGAGGUGAACAACGUUUACAGAAGGAAAUUUGCAUCAUUCCUUCGUUCUCUUGUCAAGUCAUUCAGGAGUGGAUCUGUAGUGACUGACAUGACUCUGGUUUUUGCCAACCAAACAUUGGUUCCCAGCACAGAUGUGGCACUGGCAGCUUUUAGCAACAGUACCACCAAUCUGACUAUUGUACCAGGCAGCAUCAAUGUUGCACCUGACAACACAACUGCUGCUCCAAAUGCCAGUUCAACUGCUGCUCCAAAUGUCAAUUCAACUGCUGCUCCAAAUGUCAAUUCAACUGCUGCUCCAAAUGCCAAUUCAACUGCUGCUCCAAAUGCCACUUCAACUGCUGCUCCAAAAACCACUUUAACAGCAGCGGUCACCACCACCACCACCGCUCCUGCACCAAGUGACCCUCCAUCUCCCAGUGAAGGAUCUCUGAGUCUUCAGUUCAGUCUAAACCAGAACUUCACAUCAGAUCUCACUGACCAGAAUUCUCAAGGGUUCAAAACUCUGGCUACAAAAGUGGUUUCAGAGGUGAACAACGUUUACAGAAGGAAAUUUGCAUCAUUCCUUCGUUCUCUUGUCAAGUCAUUCAGGAGUGGAUCUGUAGUGACUGACAUGACUCUGGUUUUUGCCAACCAAACAUUGGUUCCCAGCACAGAUGUGGCACUGGCAGCUUUUAGCAACAGUACCACCAAUCUGACUAUUGUACCAGGCAGCAUCAAUGUUGCACCUGACAACACAACUGCUGCUCCAAAUGUCAAUUCAACUGCUGCUCCAAAUGCCACUUCAACUGCUGCUCCAAAUGCCACUUUAACAGCAGCGGUCACCACCACCACCACCGCUCCUGCACCAAGUGACCCUCCAUCUCCCAGUGAAGGAUCUCUGAGUCUUCAGUUCAGUCUAAACCAGAAUUUCACAUCAGAUCUCGCUGACCAGAAUUCUCAAGGGUUCAAAACUCUGGCUACAAAAGUGGUUUCAGAGGUGAACAAGGUUUAUUCAAAAAAAUUUGCAUCGUUCCUUCGUUCCCUUGUAAAGUCAUUCAGGAGCGGAUCUGUAGUGACCAACUUGGUUCUGGUCUUCACCAACAAGUCUUCGGUUCCCAGCAUAGCCGAUGUCCAGGCAGCUUCCAGUUCCAUCGCGCUGGACAUUUUACCAAACAGCACCAUUGUCUCACCAACAAGCAGUGCUCACCGACCCACUGUCUUCUGUCUGGCCGUCUUACCUGUCACUUUGGCACUGCUUUUGGGACAGCUGGUGGCUAGCUAACAGCCUGGAAAGCUAGUGGUACCUCUGCUGGCUAGCAAAUAACCUGGCUGAGGUGGCACGUGUCUGACCAAUGGACUCAUCCCAGAGAGACAGCCUAAAUAUGUAUGACUUUAAUAUCAAUGUCCUUAAGAUGUAUCUUUUGUAAUGUCUUUUAGGAAUGUUUUUGAAUAGGAAUAGUCUUAGAAUUCUAUAUAAUUGGAUUAAGAUAAGUUCUAUGUAUAGUUUAUGUAACUGUAUUCCCACUUAACCAAAUAGGCCAAAUAAUAGUUAAAUUACUUUAUUCAUGUGCAUCAUGUACUUUGUACAAAGCAACCAACAUGUUUCUAUCUAUUCUAUCUAUAGAAACAAAAAAGAUUAUGCUUUUUUUUUUUGUUUUUUAUAAGCUUUUAAAACACAUUUUCUGUCCUGUAAUUGUCUGCUUGUUACUAUUGGCAUUCCACUAAAUAUAAUAUCAAAAUAAUGUAAUUGUUUAAAAGGUUUUUCAAGCCUCUUUAUUAUUUAAUCUAAUAUAUUAAAUGCAACACUUGUAAAAUAUAGACUGAGGUCAUUUUGUUCAUUUGUUAAGAUAUCCUGUCCUCAGGUGGGUCUUUAUGAUCAUUUGUUUGGAGUUGCCUGUUUGUAGUUGCAGUUCUUUCCUUGUCUGUACAUUGUCAGGUUUGAGUUGUCCCUUGUUCCCUUCAUCUUUAGGUGUUUCUAUGGUAGACAGUUAUGUACUUAAUAAUUGAGAUUCAACAAUUGGAUGCAUGGACUGACCAUGCACCAGAAAAAAUCUAUUAUCAAUCUCAGGAUCUUAUUUUAGAUGUAUUGUACAUUUUUAGAGACACAGACUUGCAAACAAUAGACCUUUGCGUUUGAAUCUCUACAGUCAGAAAACAUGUUGCAUUAGAAUCUCUUCCGGGUUGACAAAAACUUUGCUGGCUACAACCUUCAGUAACUACAUUAUAGUAAGCCUAAAAUAAAACUGUUCACGGUUAUAUUGGGACUAUUUCUGGUUGAUUUUCGAAGUACGGAUCCUUGUAUGCUUUUUGGGGUAAUGUACGCUAGAUCAAACGCUAGAUUGUUAAUGUGUGACAAAAUCUAACGCGGGGACACUAUUUUAUGAUGAGGUAGUAUGUCCAAAUUGGCCCCAAUACUGGCAUGCUAGCUUACUUGAUACUCUACUACAAGUAUCACUUGUUUAUCAACUUGAGCU